AUGCCGUGGACUCCUCUUCCAAAGAUAGCUUUUGCUCAGGUCACGCAUCCUUACGAAGCCAUUGACAAGUCUCAUGACCUCUACCUCCAAGUCGGCGACGAAGUCUAUAUCUUCGAAUCUUGCAACAAUGGCGAGUGGUUUCGUGGUUACCUGGUCGCAGCACCCAGUCUGCUCUCCGGCCUGACUAGUAGGAAAGGUCAGACUCUCGAAGCAAGAGUUUUUUCGGGUGUUUUCCCUAGUUCGUGUGUCAAGAUCCUGGAGUUUGUUGGGGAGGCCAUACCCCAAGCUAUCGAGGAUAGCGACGACGAGUACGACGACGAGGAAGAAGAAACAGAGGAAUCCGAAGACUACGACCAAACCGAUACUGCCGAGGAGGAAGAUUCCGCCGAGGAAAUUGCGAUACACCUGGAAGGUGGGAAAAACCACAUUACCGUUAACGCGCAGAUAGGACCUGGCGAUGAUGCGAAAUCCAUCAGCGAGUUCUCUUCUUCACAUAUCGACGGCCAGACUGAGUCUGAUAUGCGACAUUUCAACGAUGAUGUCGAUGGCGAUACAGAAACCGAAGCUUCUUACUCCGUUCGGGGUGCCGGACUUCACCCUCCCGCCCAUCAUAGAUCUGCUGGCAAGGUCAACGGGUUUAAGCCUCGGCAUGGUGGUGGUGGUCGGAGAGGUAAAGCUGUCGUGAAAUCGAAACCUCCUAGGAGACGAAGCAAGCUUCCUGCGCCGGUGCCAAUGCUUAAAAUUGGAGACGAAACUGCGACCAUGGCCGGCGAGCCAUUGGUGGAUGAAAUUGCUUCUUGUCUGAGAGAAUGGCAUUCCUCUAGCUUUCACGAACUUCUCCUAUCGCGGGAUUAUACUACCGUCAGCAACUUAUCGACACUCAUCGGUCAGCUUGAUAUAGUACGACGGCAGCUUACACAUCGAGUGUUAACGGCGACAGAAUUAGCUGUUACCCGUGAGAAGACGGUAUGGGACAUGGUCAAGGGUAACAAGAUGCUGAAUCGUGAAAUCAUCGUCCGAGACCCCGCGACUGGUAGUAUUCUCACAGGCCUAGAUUCUGCGAUCUCUGUCACAUCACUCCAAGCCCAGAUGGCUCUUUUGGAUGCGCCUCCGGUAGAGAAAGCUGAAGGUGUCACUAUUCAUCACAUAUAUCUCGAUAUGAAGGCCUUUGCAGGAGUAUCCUCAGACCCAACCGUUUUAAUGUUCUACCUCGCCACCCGACAGCAGAGAAUCAGCGAAAACUAUAUCGUAGAGCUGACCCAGCAAGGCGUUCCUGUCGAUCCCAGCCAGCUUCACAAAAUGCAGACUCUAUUCACCGAUAUAUCUGCUAAAGAUAUCGCUGAUGAAGUUUACCUCGUCGCUCGCGUUUACUCAUCGUCGACACAUUACGUUACAUCGCCAGCGGUAUCUCGAGAUGGGAAUUAUGGAACCAUGAAGAAUGGCUACAACACAGUUGGCAAAACACCCACCGGCCCCAAUGAUAAGCCUACUCGUUUUAGCACCAUGUUCGCGAACCAGAAACCGGGUGCUGGGUCACCGAAUGCGAAACAACCGUCGAACGGAUCACCUCAGCUUCACACUAUGCAAGAUAACAAAAGCACGCCGUUAAUAUUAGAGCACGGCGGCAAGAAGUUCAUCAUGAACGUGAGCUUGGGUGUUGGUGUUUUGGACGUCACACGGUUCCUGCUAGCGCCGGAUGUAGCUACAGAGCAUGUCAUGAGGAUAUUUGUCCCCACGGCUAAGGAGCUGCACGACCAUCAUCAGUUCGGCACGAUCAAGGGCUUCCAGGCUAGUAAUCAGAAGAUCUUGGACUGGGACGGUUUGGUUAGGGAUAUCAUCGAAAGUAGAACCGAUCGAUUUGAAUCAUCCCCCAAAGCAGACCGCAUUGUUGUCAACCUACGCUCCUUCAUUUCUCCGGAUCCAGAUAUCCUCAUCAAAUCCCUCCCUACGCUUUUACAAGACAUCACCGUUUCUCAGAAAAUAGGCUUCUCCGGCGCUCCCAUAAAACCUCGCUCAGAUAUCUACAUCACUAUAAAAUUCCCGAUAAUACCCCGCCAUGGAGUUCUAGUUCAUCCUAAAACGGGAUCAUUCCCUUUCCCGAACAUAAAAACAUUACAGGUCGCGCUUGAGGUGCGGACCCAGGAUGGGGCUGUGGUCAGCGACUGUAUCUCACCAGCAUCGAAUCAACCAUGUGUUACUACUUGGGUCUCUUGUUUGGCGCACGCUCACGAAGCAUGGAACGAAACUGUCAAGUUGGUAAUCCCGGAUAGCUUGGUAAAGGAGUCGCAUCUUUUCAUACGAUUAUCAGCUUCGCCUUCUGAAUCCGGAGGGCUUCCGUUUGCUCUUGCUUGGAUGCCGUUAUGGAAUAGUUUGACAUUUAUGACAGAUGGAGAACACAGUCCCGUAUUCUACAAGUACGAUGAACUUACUUCACAGCCUUUAUCGCAACCUGGGAGCGAAUAUGGAGGCUACCUGAGCUACCGAUGGGAUAAUGGUACCAAUGCGACCAAUUUUUCGAUGAUUCGGAUUAACUCUUAUCUCUGCAGUACACGAUUUUCACAAGAUGAAACGUUGCUUAGCCUUCUACAUUGGAAAAAUAACAAAUCUGAAGAUGAACUUAUUGCGGUGCUUCGGAAGUUUGUGUAUAUUCCUGAGAUUGAGAUUGUUAAACUGCUGAGGCGGGUUUUCGAUUCAUUAUUUGGGUUGCUAGUCGAGAGAGCCGGACGGGACGAAUUUGAGGACCUGGUCUUUGCGGCGUUAGUAACUGUGUUGAAUAUUGUCUACGACAGACGGUUCAAUCUCGAACCUAUUGUUGACGAUUACGCUUCCAAUCACUUCGGGUAUCCAUUUGCAACCUUGUGUUUGAUUAGAGGAUUCUCGAGACUUUUAUCAAACCCGACGGACGCGGAGACAAGCAAACGGCUCCGAGCUACCUUCAAAGUUGCGCGACAUGUAUUCCGGUUCAUUAGUAUCGCCAGGACGCAGCAGCAGGCAAAGGAAGCAGCGAUCGGCAUUACGAACUCUGGACUUUUCGGCAAGGAUAUUAAGGGUAUUUUCAAGAUGCUAGAAGCGUUGAUGGAGAAUCCGGCGCCGAUACUGAUUGGAAGUCAAACACUUGCUGUACAACAUUUCCAUACUUGGCUACCGGAGCUGACGGAGAUGCUCUCUCCCUCGGAGAUUCUACAUAUCGCCAUCGAUUUUGUGGAUAGCUGUGGUGGAGUUAAGGGGAAACUAGUGCUUUAUAAACUUGUUUUAAUUAUUAAUUUUAGCAAGUUGGCACAGUUUGCGCACCCAGAAGCACGCAGGGCGAUCGCGGUAAACACUGUUAGGUGGUUGGAUCCUUGUUGGGGAAUUACGGACGACGUGAGCGGACAAUAUCGGGAUCAAGUACGACUUUGCUGUUCGGUGUUGAGCACGCAGAUCGACGAUUUAAGUGAGGAGAUUGCGGACUAUGUGCCCAAGCUCAUUGAAUCAUAUUUGGCCAUUCGAAGCUCCGGAGUGAGGGAGCGGGAGACGUUUAGCUUGUUGUUCCCGAAGAGUUAUCCUUUUCCUAGCAGGAGUAUACCCGGUCGGCCCAUGUUCGACGAAGCGUUGCUAGAGUUAAGUGCCGUUCUUGCUGCUGUGACUAUGCGACCUAGCGGAUUGCUUGAUCUGGCGGAGGAAGAGAUGGCGAUAUCUUUGGCGAAUACACUUGCGGUGCAUAACAGUAUAUUGAGCGGAGAAGCGUUCCCGAGGAGUUGGCUGAGUGUGCAUGUGUAUCAUCAUCGGUGGACGGUGUUACAUUUGAAGGCGAUAUCGAACGUUCUUAUCGAGAGCUUUUUGCCGGAUCCCGAUGACGCCGAGAAAUUUAAUAUGGAGCUUUGGUUAGCGUUCUUCGAGACACUAUUAAAGCUUGUUAGCUCAGAUGCGUUGACUUUGGAGACGUUCCCGGAGCAGAAGAGAAGAACAGUGUGGAAGGUCGCUGGUGAUGUGAGAGAGCAUGGUGCAGAGUUGUUGAGGAGGACGUGGGAGGCGAUCGGAUGGGAGACUACACCGGACGAACGGGCCAAGUUUGGAUUGGAGAGGGUUGGAGGCUACCAAGUCCAGUAUGUACCCGGUUUGGUGGGCCCGAUCGUGGAGCUUUGCCUCGGAGCACAUGAAGGAUUGAGAAAGAUGGCUGUAGAGGUUAUGCAGAGUAUGGUGAUUAGUGAGUGGACUCUAAGUCAGAAUUUAGUGGCAGUUCAAGCAGAGAUUAUUGAUGCUCUCGACCGACUGUUCAAAUCGAAGCGGGUUACGGAGACACUAGUGCAAAAGCAGUUCUUGUCGGAUCUAUCUUUCUUGUUUGAACCACUAUCAAAGGACCCGGAAGAUCCACUCUUUCAGGCAAUUCAAGAGCUCCUCGUGACGGUUAAUGUUUUCCUGGACCUCUUAUCUGCGGUCCAUGCGGCGCCUCUUGGAGAAGCUUCGGAUAUCAUUAAUACACUGAGGUUGAUGGAAUUCUUGAAGGAUAUGCAGAAAGAGGAGCUUUUCAUCAAAUACGUUCAUCAGCUAGUCGAUACUCAAGUAAAGGCCAGAAAUCCUGUUGAGGCCGGAUUGAGUCUGCAGUUCCAUAGCGAUCUGUACACUUGGGAUACGGACGCUCUCCUACCACCCAUCAUUGUUAACGACCGAGUGCGCUUUGGCGAAGAAACAAUGUUCGAACGGAAAGAAGGAUUAUCAUUAAAGAUGAUAAGCUUCUUCGAAGAAGGGCGGAGUUGGGAUUCUGCGAUUGAUGUCUACCAAGAGUUAUCGAAGCAGUACGAGCAUGUUGUAUUUGACUUUGGCAAGCUGGCCAAAGCACACCGGGCGAUUGCGAGACUGCAGGAGAAUAUUUUGAGAGGAGAUCGGUAUUCUGUUCGGCAUUUCUUAGUGAUUUACCAUGGAAUGGGAUUUCCUGUUGGGCUCAGAGAACGGUCGCUUGUGGUUCAAGGUAAUAAUUUUGAAGGCAAAGUAGAGUUUGAAGAGAGAAUGAAACAGGCUUGGCCGACGGCGGUGUUGUUGGGCGAUGGUGAGGGGCCAACAUCGGUUGAAGGACAAUUCAUGAGCAUUCAAGAGGUCACACCGAUGAUUGAUAGUGGCCAUCCAAUCAACCUGAGAACAAGAGUUCCAUCGCACGUCAAAGACUUUUUACAGACAAGCCGACCGCAUACUUUUGCCGAGGUGAGGGAGCGGAGCGUUGAGGACGCGGUGAACGGGUGGAAUGGUGAUGUGGACGCGCAAAUGGAGAAGGUGGUUUACGUCUGUGAAGAUCAGUUCCCGACGAUAUUGAAGAGGAGCGAGGUCUCGAGUACUAGCAAGGUUUACGCUGGUAUUGUGCAGGUAUCGGCGGAAGAUAUCGUUAGGCGGACGAAAGAGAUUGUAGGGCUAGAGUGGAGAGUUGGAAAUGAAGAGUGGGGUGGGCAGGGUAGAGAGAUGGUCGUUAGAGAUUUCACCGCAAUUCUGGCGAAGGCGAUGGAAGGGGCUGUUGGUAGAUGUAAGAGGGUUUUGGAGGUUGAGCAGAGGAAGAUUAUGGAGGGUAUCGAAGGCAGAGAGGACACGAAGAAAAUUGAGGCUUUGAGGGUUGCGGUUUUGGACCAUGUUGGGGUUUUGAAGAGGUGCCUGAGCCUGCACGGAAAGGUUGUAGGAAGUGGAGGGACUCAUGAGACUUUAAUGAGAGCUUUCGAACGUAACUUUGAAUCAGAGCUCAAAAUUCUGACCCCACUCCCAGGACUUGACAACAUGGGCAUGCUAUCUCCUCCUCCAACAACUACAAACCGCGAGCCGAUGUUUUCACCAAUGUCGGAUGCCCCACCCCUGACUAUUACUUCGUCGAUGAUUCAACAAGCGCCAUCAGCACCGGAUCUCCAUCGCACGAUGUCAAUUGGUACACACAAGGAGCCAUCGCUACACUCCGCCCCGGAGACUCGGGAGCACUCCAAACGCGAACGACUAAGUCUGAUAUUCUCGGGCAAGUCACAAGACAAUCUGAGUAACCACCACCACCAUGAAUCGAAAGACUCACAAAGCGGGUUCUCGGCCGUACAAAGGAGCAACGAGAAGGAACGAGUCCCGUUUAACGUCCGCCACGAGAGGAGUAGAAGUCGUUCGAAGGGACGGGCAGGGUCUGUUGGUAGUGGUAGACGGCCUAGUACUACAAGUUCUGCCGGAGCGCAAAAGGUUGCUAAUACCCACGCUUCCGGGUCUGGGUCCGGUGGGGAAGGGAAAAAGGACAAUGUUGUGGAUCGAAUGAAUAGCACAGUCCGUAGGCGAUUGAGCACCUUGGGGAUUGGAAGGAAGGGAAGCAAGACUAAUGUUAAAGAGAGAAGCCAGAGUCAUGCGGGGAUAAUUGAAGAGUGA